AUGGCCUCUACACAGAAACCAGUUGUUCUGGUGACCGGUGCUUCAAAGGGAAUUGGUCUGGCCACCACUAAGAUCCUGCUGCAGGAUUUCCAUGCUAGAGUUGUAGGCCUUGCUCGUUCCAGGACACCAGAAGUGGACGCGAUGGUAUCGGACGACUUCACCUUUAUUGAAUGCGACGUAGCUAAUGAAGCCGCGUUCAAUAAAGCUAUCGAUGAAGCUAAAAAGGUUCAUCAACGCUUCGAUGGCCUUGUUUUAAACGCUGCAAUACUCGCCCCAAUGUGUCGUAUUGGAGAUGAUACUCCCCUUGACGCCUGGAAGCUUCAUUUCGACAUUGGAUUCUUCUCCCUGGUCACGGCUCUAAAAGCUACCCUUCCUGACUUGCGUUCGAGUCCAUUCGGUGGUAGAGUCGUAUUCGUGAGCUCGGGUGCCGCGUUCAAGGGAUACCCAGGCUGGGCUCCUUAUUGCGCCUCUAAGGCUGCCAUGAACAGUCUUUGUCGCACUUUGGCUGAAGAGGAACCGGAUGUCACUGCAGUUGCUCUUCGUCCUGGCAUGGUGGAUACUGGUAUGCAAACUACUAUUCGUGACUCUGACCCAUCUAUACUCGGGGCGGACACUCAUGCCGGGUUCGUGCGCGUGCAUUCUGAAGGCAAGCUGGUUCGACCUGAGGACUCUGGGUACGUUAUUGCUGCCUUGGCAGUCAAGGCCACGAAGGACCUGUCCGGCCAAUUUGUGGGGUGGAACGAGGAAGAAUGCAAGCCAUACAGAAGACCUUGA